AUGCCUCUCGUCGUUCCCGGCAUCAACAACAUCACCGACGAGUCCAAGACUCAGGAGUGGAGCAACAAGCUCGUCGGAAAGAAGCUCCACGAGGAGGAGUCCAACGAGACUACUUUCUGCAAGAGAGAUCUCCCCGAGAAGUCCCGUGUCAUCGAGCCCGGCAUGAUGGUCACCAAGGACUUCGUGCCCGACAGGUUGAACGUGCACGUCAAGGAAGACGGCACCGUUUCCCACGUUGUUCACGGCUAG